AGCGAGCUUACAUGACGCUUCCUCAGCAAUGUGAUUGCAUCGUAUUGCACUGUAUCUCACUUUGCCGGGUGUGUUCGCUGUUACAUUUUUACAUGAAUGAGCUGACUUAUUUUUGACAUUUGUUCAGACCCAGAAAGGACUUGUAGAUUUUAAAGAGAUCGAUUCUGGCUCAACGUCUUCUCAGACAGGUUUGUUUAUUAAUUUAUUAGUCGCAUGACUAGCAGGGUCAUGAGAAUCGUGUCAUGGUUUUUCAGCUACGAAGUUCAAGUCGUUAUUUGAAAAACUCUUAAGACCGCUCAUGGAAUUGCAGAUAAUUCUUAUUUAAAUUCUUCGAACGGAUAAAUAGCAGAGUUAGCACCAAACUGACUCUGACUGCGUGAACUUUGAACCCUAGAGACUAAAGACCAUCUUGACCUGCAGAUGAUAGUUUUUGCAGUCCCAACACCAUGCUUCCUCGUGCGGGUAAAGAGCUUCUGGUCCGCAUACGCUUCUCCUGGAGGCCGCUUUUCCAAGGCAGGUACCUGCUGCUCACCAACACCCUGAGUGGAGGAGUUAUGCUGUCGCUGGGAGAUAUCCUGCAGCAGACCCGGGAGAAGCGCAGGAAGCCUGACAGAGUCAGAGACUGGGCAAGGACAGGUCGCAUGUUUGUAGUGGGAUGCUCUUUGGGUCCGCUGCUGCACUACUGGUACCUUUGGCUGGACAGAGUGUAUGUGGGGAAGGCUUUGAACACUUUGAUCAAGAAGGUUCUGGUGGAUCAACUGGUUGCAUCACCAACAUUGGGACUGUGGUAUUUUUUAGGUAUGGAUCUCUUGGAGGGACACACUUUAUCCCAAGGAUGGGCGGAGUUUAGAGACAAGUUCUGGGAAUUUUACAAGGUGGACUGGUGCGUUUGGCCUGCAGCUCAGAUGAUCAACUUCUAUUUUCUGUCCCCCAAAUUUCGUGUUGUGUACAUCAACUUUAUCACUUUAGGGUGGGACACGUACCUCUCCUACCUCAAACACAGAGAUGAACUAAAGGAUACUGAGGUGACUGACUCGGACAGAAACUCAGUGGAUUCAGAGCAGGAGGAGUUUCAGUCGACCAAACCUCUGGAGGAGGAAACUUAAGCCUUGCUUCUCCUCCGACGCUAAAACUGUGCUGCUGUUAUUAAUGUAGAGAUUUCCUCUUGGAAAUUGGCCUUAAGACUGUUCACAGGAGAAAACCCUGAGUUUGUUCGAUAACCAUUUGUUUAUCUAAGGAGCUAAGGAGGUUUCAGGUUGAAGUGUCAGAGCACUUUACCCAUCAGCCAGGAGGAAUUUAAAUGUGGGAGUACUUUUCUUAUUUAUUAUGUCUGAAAGACUUGAGUUUCAGGGAUACAAAGCAGUUUCACUGCCCCCAGCUGCUCUACUUUACAUUCUGAAAGCCAUUUCAGUUCUAGUGGUUUUUGUAAGAAGUGAACAAAAAAACAAGUUUUUCUAAAAACCGUCAAAUGAGUCAUUUUUGUGUGAUUUUUGGACACAAACAUGACUAAAAAAAGGAUUAUUUCUCUGCAAGUUUUUAUGGGAAGUUUUUAACAUCUAGGUUGUUGUAAACUUUGCCUUAAAUGAAACCUCAUGUUGGACUUAUUUUCAUGCCAAAUAUUCACUUGUUUAAUCAAUCAAAUGUGUGAUUCAGUGUUUCAGAAUGUAAAUGUUGUUGACUAUUUGUCUAAUUGUGUCACACAUGAUAAAUGUAGUAUUUACUCCUGUUUGGGCUUAAAGCAGGAAAUUGUUUUUUUUUAUUCUUAAACCUCUACAGUGUGACUGUAGUUUUGACUCUAUUCAUGCUUCAACAUCUGAUUCUGACUUUUUUGGACCUGACCAUGACUUUAUUAAUGAUUGAUCAUUUUUAUUGAUUUAAAAAUUGAUUUAAGUGUUAAUGUGUAAAAAAAUAACUAUUAAGUAGAUCUAAAGUCUGUGACUGCAUCUUUGCGUAAGUCUACAUAGAAUGGAAAUACAUUAAAGACUUAUUUUAAAGUGA